AUGGAAAAUAUCGAGUGGAGCAAUCAAACAUUCAUCACAGAAUUCAUCCUAUUGGGAUUCGGGAAUCUCCCAGAACUGCAGUUUCCUCUCUUCCUGCUGUUCCUAGUGAUCUAUAUUGUGACCAUGGCCGGGAACAUCCUCACUCUUGCACUAGUUGUGACUGAUCGGCACCUUCACACACCUAUGUACUUCUUCCUGGGGAAUUUGUCCUGCUUGGAGACCUGCUAUGCCUCCACCAUCCUGCCCAGAAUGCUGGCCGGUCUCCUGACUGGGGACAGAACAAUUUCAUAUAGUGGCUGCAUCACACAACUGUACUUCUUUGUAUUCAUGGUGACAGCCGAAUGUUUCCUCCUAUUAGUCAUGUCUUAUGACCGCUACGUAGCAAUAUGCAAUCCCUUGCAUUAUGCAGCACUUAUGAGAAGCUGGGUUCGCAUACAGCUAGUGUCUGGCUCUUGGACAAUGGCCUUCUUUACUAGUACCUUGAUAACUCUUUUGAUGGCCAGGUUAACAUUCUGUGGCCCCAACAAUAUUGACCAUUUCUUUUGUGAUUUUGCCCCGAUGCUCAAACUCUCCUGCAGCGACACCAGCCUGAUUGAACUGGUAGAUCUACUACUGUGUUUCGCAAUUAUAGUUCCUACAUUCCUGUUAACCGUGAUAUCCUAUGUUUGUAUCAUCACCACCAUCCUGAGAAUCCCCUCCACCACCGGGAGGCAAAAGGCCUUCUCCACCUGCUCCUCCCACCUCAUCGUAGUUGCUACUUUCUAUGGAUCACUCAUCAUUAUUUACAUGAUACCAGCUGCUGGCACUGCAGGAGACCUGCACAAAGUGUUCUCUGUCUUCUAUACUGUCCUGACACCCUUGGUCAAUCCUCUCAUCUACAGCCUGAGAAACAAGGAGGUCAAAGAGGCUUUGAAGAAAGCUGGAGGCAAACUGUCUGCUUUCAUAAGGAGGUGA